AGCCAGAAAGGAGGACAGGAAGUGUCACGAUGCCCCUAACCCACAGCUAGCUCCAUCUGGGUGGAGGUACAUGUCUUUACAUUAGACCUUAGGUUCCUGCUGCUCCUCAGAGGAAGAGGAAGGUCUAACCUUCAGUCUCUGAUUAUAUCUGAACAGAUCUAUCAGAGCUCUGAGAGACACCAUGAAGCAAACAUCUGUCAGAUUCCUGCUCUGUAAGUAGAGAUUCUUUCUGUACAUUUACUGGGUUUCUGAUGAUAGCUGGUGGAGGAGAAGCUGGGAAACUGACUGGGAAACAUGGUAUGAAUGGAAACUAUCUGAGGUGUAAAAUGUCUUCAUGUGAGGAAUUAUUAAUGAUUUAGUUCAAUCAAAAUGAUUUUUCUCCUCUUAGUUCUGACCUUAUUGCUGAGCUGCACAACAAACCAAGGUUGGUUCACUUCCUGUUUUACACCCAAAUAUUCAGUGUUUUUGUCCAUAUUUAAAAUAACUUUGAGCUCCAAGCUUUGAUUUCGCUGCAUAAAUGUGGAUCUUUGACAUUAUUGAUAAACAAGAAGGUUUCAUUCCAGCAGCUGGUCUGACUGUGAGUCCCAGAAGAUCUGAACUCUUUGAAGGAGACUCUGUGUCUCUGAGCUGUGAGGAGGACAACAUCUCUACUGGAUGGACUGUGAGGAGAAACACAACAACAGAAACCAGAACUCAAUGUGAUGGAUGGGGAGAACCAGCUGGUUCUACCUAUAACAUGAGCUACCUGUACCCAUCAGACACUGGAGUGUACUGGUGUGAGUCCAGAGAGGGAGCAGCCAGCAGCAGCAUCCAGCUCACUGUCUCUGGUGGAUCAGUGAUCCUGCAGAGUCCUGUCCUCCCUGUGAUGGAGGGAGAUGACGUCACUCUGAGCUGUCAAACAAAGACUUCCUCCAACCUCCCAGCUGCUUUCAUUAAAGAUGGCUCCCUCAUCAGGACUGAGCCUGCAGGUCACAUGACCCUCCACCAUGUGACCAGCUCUGAUGAAGGUCUCUACAAGUGUAACAUCAGUGGUCAUGGAGAGUCUCCAUCCAGCUGGAUCUCUGUCUCAGGUCAGCAGCUUCAGGGUCAUUUCAACACUGCCAUCAUCCACAGUCACCUGACCAAGUUUAAUUCUCUUUACAUGUAAAUCAAC